CUAAAUUCUACAUUUAUUUAAAAAUACAACUGAUAUAUUUUAUAUUAACGCAUGAAUGUGAUAGCGCAGUAGUACAUGUAGCAGUGCGUAUGGUACAUACAGUAAAAAUAUUAAUUAUAAUAAAAUAAUUACUAGUAAAGUGAACUACGUAUUUUCGUAAUUUAGUUAUAUUUGAAUAAAAAAGAUCACCGAUAGAAGUCCUUUUAUAAGUGAAAAGAAAUAACGACAGAAUUAUGGAGGACAAGGAUAACGGUUCGCCCAAAAAUUAUUUAGAUGAUUGUGAAAACGAUAAUAAAAAUAAUUUCAAAGACAAGAUUGGCCUAGAAGUGUCAAAUAAAGAACGCGCGAUCAAGCAUACAGAUGAAAGAGAAACAAUCGUUUCGUCAAAGAUAGAUUGUGAUAUAAAGAAGGAUAAUGAAAAAGCUAAUAAUUCUAAAACUGAAUCCGAGAAUAUUGAAGCAGAAAUAGCGAUAGACUCUCAGAAAAUAAAUAAAAAAGUUGAUGAUCUUGCUGUGCAAGUAGAGUUUAAAAAGCCAACCAUUAUAAUUGGUCCAAAGCGUGGAAAACGUAAGAAGAUUUCAUUGAUAUCUGGCUCAGCUAGUUCAACAAAAGUUCAACAAGAGAUCGAACAAAACGACAAAGAACCGAGUGCUCCUGCGGAAAAGGUUAUGUCAAACGCAAAGCAUACGAAAUCUUCAAACGAAAAACAUACUACUACUGGUUCAUCGAAAAUUCAUAAAACAAUAGCUUUAAAGUAUCAAGAACCUUGUUGGGGUACAAAACCAGAUAACGAAUAUAAACUGGAAGUAUUGAAAUCUGGCGUUAUCGUUCAAACUAUAGAUUUAACUGAUAAAAGUUAUCACGUCGUUGGGAGGUUACCUAAUUGCGAUAUUUCCCUUGCACAUCCGACUAUUUCAAGGUUUCAUGCAGUCAUCCAAUACAGAGGUAUCGAAGAUGAAAACAAUUCUAAAGGACUUUAUAUAUAUGAUUUAGGAAGCACUCAUGGCACUUACUGGAACGGAAAUCGUGUACCUCCUAAUGCUUAUGUGAGAUUAUACGACAGCCACAUUAUCAAAUUUGGUUGUAGCGCGCGAAAAUAUAUAUUACAAGCUCUUCACGAGAGUAAAGAGGAAGAAUCUGAAUUAUCUUUCACAGAAUUAAGGGAAAAAAGAAUGUUGGAGAUACAGGAACGAGAGAAGAUAAAGGCAGCGCAGCGUUCGAAGAUGAUAGAAGAAGAAAAAUUAAAAAGAGAAGAAGAAGAGAAUGAAGGAAUCGAUUGGGGUAUGGGCGAAGACGCGGAUGAAGAAACAGAUUUAACGGAAAAUCCGUAUGCUGCUACGAACAAUGAAGAACUAUAUCUUAACGACCCUAAGAAAAGCUUGAGAGGUUGGUUUGAACGCGAAGGGUACGAUUUGCAAUAUCAUACGGAAGAAAAAGGAUUUGCGCAAUUUCUAUGUUGGGUCGAUUUGCCUAUCGAGAGUAUCGCUGGACAUACGGUGAGAGCGGAAGCUCUUGUAAAGGGAAAGAAGAAAGAAUGCGUAGUUCAAUGCGCGUUAGAGGCAUGUAAAAUUUUGGAUAGAUAUGGAUUACUCAGACAAGCGACUCAUGAAGGUAGAAAAAGGAAAGUAAAAAAUUGGGAAGAAGAUGAUUAUUAUAGUUCGGACGAAGACAAUUACCUCGAUAGGACUGGUUCUAUAGAAAAGAAACGCAAACAAAGAAUGAGAUUAGCAGGAAAAUUAGAGCCGCAAGAAGACACGUACGAUUCAUUGAUAGAAAAGCAUAGCACAGUCGUAAAAAAGAUAACCGAUUUGGUCGAAUGCAUGAGAAGGUCACAAAAGUUUGAAAAUGAAUCCUCGAAAAACGUAGAAGAUGCGGAUGAAGAUGCGUUAGAUGCUUUUAUGUCUUCUUUAAAUGCAACUGUUUUGAGCAAAGCUGAUAAACGUAAAAUGAAAGUUGAAUUACAAGAUUUACGCCAAGAAGAGGCUAGACUGAUAAAAUUAUUAAAUCCUCUGCGACCUACUAAUUUGCCUCCUUUAAACAUCCACAUAGUACCUUUAAACGAAGUACAAAGAUCAACUGAAAUCUUUGAUAAAGAUUUAAACGUGGAUCAAAGAAAGGAUCGUCAAAUCUCAAAUGACGAAACGACGAUCAUGGAUCCUAAUAUUCAUUCCAAUUCGCUAUCCGCGCAAAACGAUUAUAAUGCUUUAAAUGAAGAAUUAAGGGAAAAUAAUGAAGGAGAUGAUUCAAAAACUAGUAUCGAAGAGAUUUCGAAUAAUUUAGAUUCGUAUCAAGGAGAGACAGGAAUUCAGGCACAAAUAAGUGUCAGAGAAGUAGAAGAGAAUUUCCGUUAUAUAGAGAGUGUAAGCGUUGGAAAAAGAUCUGUAUCUGAGGAUGGCACUGGAGUUUCUUCGAGCGAUCGAUCGUCCGCAAAAAAAUCCAAAGUUACGAAAACGGUAAAAGAAAUUUAUGACAAGGACGUGUACAACGAGAAUUACUCCACUUGGGUUCCACCACAAAAUCAAACUGGAGACGGAAAAACCAGUUUAAACGAUAAAUAUGGCUAUUAAAACUUACACAUAAGAGUCAUUCUUGUAUAAUAUUGUAAAUAUAAUCCUUUUUAAUGUA